UUCGGCCCUUCCUGAGCCGGUAGUGGCAGUACGGCAAUUUGAGCCCCAAGCGAAGGUCACUGUCCGUCUUCCCUCUCUCUCUCUAACUCUCUCUCUCUCAACAAAACUCCAAACUCCCUGCAUUCCCUCGCAUGUUCUUCUCUCUCCUCUCUCACCAAAGACACCAAACCCAUCACUCUCCCUCUGCCCCCUCCCCGAUUGCAACGAUCUUCUUUGCAGCUUCUUCGUCCUCCUCCAUCUCCAGCCUUGUACUCUCAUGCGUAAUGUUUUAUCGCGUCUGAAUCUCCCAAUCUUACAGUGGGAAAUAUAGGCCCAACCCAAGAACGGAGCACAAAUCCCCCAACAUCCGUGCUCUACCAAAAAAUCCAAUCUUUUUCACCCCAAACCGGCCUUUUCUUGCCAUAAAGUUUGGAUUUUGGAAGCUUUUCCGAUGCGCGAAAAUCCUGCGAGAUUUCUGUCAUUAAUCUUCUGAACCAGUUCGUCUGCAUAAACACUUCGGUUCGCAUUGCUUCAAAGAUUCAAACCAUCUUCCGUCCUGGGAGAUGAAGAGCCUGCAGUGCUUCAAGCAGAGCGGCGGCGGCGGCAAUGGUGGGCAGGGGAAGCGGCUAGAGCGGCGGCUGUCGCUGGGCGAGUACAAGAAGGCGGUGUCGUGGUCCAAGUACCUGGUGGCUCCGCCGGGCGCCAGGAUCCGGGGCGGUGGCGAGGAGCUGUGGAGCGCCGACCUGUCCAAGCUGGAGAUCCGGGGCAAGUUCGCCUCGGGCCGCCACAGCCGCGUGUACUCCGGCAGGUACGCCGGCCGCGAGGUGGCCAUCAAGAUGGUCAGCCAGCCCGAGGAGGACGCUGCCCUCGCCGCCGAGCUCGAGCGCCAGUUCGCUUCCGAGGUCGUGCUCCUCCUCCGCCUCCGCCACCCCAAUAUCAUCUCGUUCGUUGCAGCAUGUAAGAAACCACCAGUAUUCUGUAUCAUCACCGAGUACAUGGCAGGGGGUUCCCUCAGGAAAUAUCUACAUCAGCAAGGGCCUCAUUCAGUUCCCAUUGAAUUGGUGCUAAAAUUAUCUUUAGACAUUGCUCGUGGGAUGAGCUACCUACACUCGCAGGGUAUACUUCAUAGAGACCUGAAAUCAGAGAAUAUACUCCUCGGGGAAGAUAUGUCAGUCAAAGUCGCAGAUUUUGGGAUUUCAUGCUUAGAAUCGCAGUGUGGAAGUGGUAAGGGGUUUACAGGAACCUAUAGGUGGAUGGCUCCAGAAAUGAUCAAAGAGAAACAUCAUACUAGGAAAGUCGAUGUGUACAGUUUCGGAAUUGUCAUGUGGGAGAUUUUGACAGCUUUGGUUCCAUUCAGCGAGAUGACUCCCGAGCAGGCUGCUGUUGCUGUUGCCUUGAAGAAUGCUAGGCCACCACUGCCUGCUUCAUGUCCUGUGGCAAUAAGCCAUCUGAUAACCCAGUGCUGGGCGACCAACCCAGACAAAAGACCUCAGUUUGACGACAUCGUUCCGAUCCUUGAGAGCUACAAAGAAGCUCUAGAUGAGGACCCGUCAUUCUUGUCAUACAUACUGCCUCCGCUGCACCACCACCACCACCACCACCAUCAGCAUCAGCAUCAGCAUCAGCAGAGCCUUCUCCGGUGCUUCCCUCGCUGCAUAACCAUACGACGGUCUGCAUCUCUGAAUGCAUGAGGCCGCUUCCCUCGCUGCAUAACCAUACGACGGUCUGCAUCUCUGAAUGCAUGAGGCCGGGAUAUGGCCUUUGUUCAUCGGUGCCGUGUAAAAUAUGCGCCUCUUUUGUACUUUCUUCUUUUUUCUACGCGCCAGCCCUCUAUUAUGCGGCAUUAGCAUUGUAUGAUUUAGUUUCUUAUUCUGUUGGUAAAUUAUUUCCGUCAUUGUAUGUAGAGAUGUCAGAUAGGCAGGCAGCUUCCGGUUCUUAUCUAUGGAUGCCAUUUGCUUUGAGUGAUGGAAACAUGAAGGAACCUCAGUAAUUGUAACAUAAUUGAGCUCUUCCUUGAA